AUCUUGCCUCCGCAACCUAAACUUGCCAAACCUCUGCUCGACUUCAAUCUGCUUGACGCCGAUUCCAUCAAUUCGCCCCAAGCACACAAAGCCCAACUCCAUCUGUCUCAGUACCGAGUUAUCGCAUCUGAGCAGGCUCUCGAUAUCUCUGUCGCUUUUUUUCAUCUUCUCCGCACCAACACACACCUGCGGACCCUCUUGAUAUAUAUUCAUAUUCCUCCAUUCCACAGCUCCAAAUCCGCAAAAUGUUCUCCAGAGGACUCCGCGUCGUCUCAAGGCGAGCCGCCAUGGCCGCUCCCAUCGCCAGACCAACUCUCGCCCCCCGCCAGCUCGCCCCCAUCGCAUCCAUCGAGGCCCGGCGAUCAUAUCACGAAAAGGUCCUGGACCACUACGCGCGACCGCGCAACGUCGGCUCCAUGAACAAGGGCGAUGCUGACGUCGGCACCGGCCUCGUGGGAGCUCCUGCUUGCGGCGAUGUCAUGAAGCUGCAGAUCCGCGUCGACCCGGAGACACAGAAGAUCUCCGAGGUCAAGUUCAAGACUUUUGGCUGCGGCUCAGCCAUUGCUUCCAGCAGCUACCUGACCGAGCUUGUCCGCGGCAUGAGCCUGGACGACGCUGGCAAGGUCAAGAACACUGAAAUUGCCAAGGAGCUGUGCCUGCCUCCCGUGAAGCUGCACUGCUCCAUGCUUGCUGAGGAUGCCAUCAAGUCGGCGAUUUCCGACUACUACACCAAGAACCCCUCACGGAAACCCACCGACCUGAGCGGCACCAGCAUGAAAAUGCCCACUGCCGAGGCUAUCGCGGCCUAGAGUGCGCCUGCCACCGGUGAAGACUGAAGAUGGGGAAAAUUAAAACGCAAUGAAUAUUUUCUUAUGUCUACGUUUGGGCAUAUUCUCUUUUUUUUUUAAUGCCAGCAAUGGUUCGGGGUGGGAUUUGGGGAAGCGAGACAAUCACUGAAACUGGGCGUGGGGGUCAACCGACCAAGAGAGAGAAAAAGAGAAAGGUGCAGAUUGAAAUGCUUCUGAUGUCAGGACGCAGUUCCAGCUUUACUUUCCUUUUUUUUUUAUUUGCUUGUUUGUACGGUCUCGGAGAUGAAGACUGGAUCGUGUCCACUGCUUGAACGAAAAGACCGAGGGCACACUCCGGCUUUGAAAUGAGCCGCUGAGGAGAAACUACGGUCGCGAGGGCGAAUAGCUGUAAAAUAAGCGGAAACAACAAAAAUACAACUCUUCAAAAACAUUUGAUAACUUUUAUUGCUCUCAUCUCUCACUCAUCUUCUGCUCGUAGGUGCAUCUAGUCACAACUUCAUCCGAGUUGACUCAAUCCUUCGGUCAACUGCCUGCAUGCCCCAGAGCAAUUGAUAAUGCGCUACUGCUCCUGCCAGCCCCCCAAUUCGCCGUGCCGCGCCACGCGCAAAAUGCCGGCGGGGAGAGAAGGCAGAAUCUAGCAAAAAUCUCGCAGCGAGUUCCCCGAGAUGUCCGACCCCGAUGCCGGGAACUCCCCGAAUGUCCAGAUUAUUGGGAGUGGCAUCAACUUGCGGCGUCGAAUGCCGCAUCAUGCCGAAGAUAUAACUCUCUUUUCUUCAUGAUUGUCUGAUGGUUUAAUAUUUGCUGGAAAGCAAAGGGUAUGACUCGUAAAAUGUAAUUUUCAGAGUGGAAUUAUUGUGGUGAUGGUGUACAUGUAGCAAUGGUGAUGCAUCACGACAACUUACACGUAAAGAAUUAAUCCCAUUUUGCUUCAACUGUUACAGGCGAUAUGUACUCAAUUUGACUACAAGUACUAAUAUUAUUUGGAAUAAAAAAAAAGAAGACAUUGAAAAAUACUAGUAGGAUACAGUCUUCUCGUCAAAGACGUCCCCUCUGAUGCGCCCCAUGCAACCCCAUCGGAAUCGCAAAAUCCGCCUCUGCCCUGCCCAGCUCCUCCAUCGUCCUCGCAUCCAAACACAGCAGAUACGACCUCUCCAGUGUCCCGUCCACCACCACCGACAGCAGCAC